ACCGGAAGCAGCUGAUCGAGGCCGAACGGAAGUGCUCAGUACGUGUUUCCGGCGACUCGACCGGGAACGGAUGUUAUGAUUGUGAAGCUGUGAGCAGGUGUGAUGGGAGUUCAUGGACUGUGGAAGCUCUUGGAAAGCACCGGAAAACCCAUCAAUCCGGAAACACUGGAGGGGAAGAUCUUGGCUGUCGACAUCAGUAUCUGGCUGAAUCAGGCGGUGAAAGGCGUGCGGGAUCGAGACGGGAAUGCGGUUCUCAACGCUCAUCUCCUCACGCUCUUCCAUCGGCUCUGCAAGCUGCUAUUCUUCCGCAUCAGACCCGUGUUCGUGUACGAUGGAGACGCGCCGCUGCUCAAGAAACAGACGCUGGCGAUCCGGAGACAACGGAGGGAAGAAAUGAGCCGCGAGUCCAGACAGACCAACGAAAAACUCCUUCAGACGUUCCUGAAGAGACAGGCCAUCAAAGCAGCUCUAGGGGAUCGAAGUGAAGAGUCGGUGCCCAGCCUGUCGACUGUGAGGCGCGAUGGUCCGGAUGACAUGUACGUUCUUCCCGCGCUUCCUCCUGAUGAGGACCGAGACGAGAGCAGUUCAGAGGAGGAGCGAGAUGGAGACGAAUCUCUGCAGACCUACAGCAGACUUCAGGAAGAGAUCUAUCACAAUCCUAACUCUGUGGACAUCAACUCUGAGGAGUUUUCCCUCAUGCCGCCGGAGAUCAAACACGAAAUCUUGAAAGAAAUGAAGGAAUUCAACAAGAGGCGACGCACACUGUACCACAAACCACCAGAGAGGUCCGGUGAGUUCUCGCAGUAUCAGCUGGCGGGUCUCCUUCAGAGGAACAAGCUCAACCAGCGUCUGGAGGGAGUGCAGAAGGAGAUGAACCACGCGCCGAGCAACAGCGUCUCUGAGGAGCGCGAGAGCAGCGGUCGACACGUGGAGACGCGCCGGCUCGUGUCGGAGGACGCGUCACACUACAUCCUCAUUACAGGGUCUCAGAAGAAAGCCAGCGCUCCAGAGAGUCGGCCGGCUCCAGCGCUGUGGUCCAGUUCCCCGUGGGAUCGCGAAGCCAAGCCUAAAGGGAAACCCGAGCCCUUGUGGCGACCCGUGAACGAGAUCGACGCGAAGAAGAACCAGCCGUCCUCCUCUUCCUCCUGUGCUAAGGAGGAAGAUCAUCCAGCGUCUCCUCGCACUCUUCAGGCCAUCCAGAACGCCAUGAUGGACAGCAGCUCUGAGGAAGAAGACACGACACGCAGAACAACCCGAUCCGAGGAUGAAGAGGGACGUGUGUCGCCUCGAACUCUACAGGCCAUCCAGAACGCCAUGAUGGACCCGCCGGCGCACAAACACAAGACCUACGUCAUCGCCAGCAGCUCGGACGACGAGGAUGAGGCAAAGAAUCAGGACAGAACACCUCUCAUCCCCAGCUCUGCAACAGAGACACGAGAGACACGAGAGCAAAGACACCCGGGGGAUUCCUCUGAUCUGAGAACAGACAGAGCGCAAGAAAACAAACCCGAGAGUGGAGAUAACGAGGAGGAAAGCGGCUCUGAACAGACACGAGAGCCACGAGACGCCGCAGUGAACCAGCAUUCCUCUGAUCUGAGAACAGACAGAACGCAAGAAAACAAACCUGAGAGAGGAGAAGAUGAUGAGGAGGAGCAAAGCAGCUCUGAAGAGAGUUUCAUCGAGGUGUCUGAUGUGGAGGAGCCGCCUGAAGCAGAGCAGUCUCACAGCAGAGUCCAUCACGAGGAGCAUGAAGAGGAGGAAGAGGAGGAGGAGCGCAGAGACGAAGAGGAGGAGGAGCGCAGAGAGGAAGACGACACUGAGGGAGUCGACGAGGCCGUGGAUGAAGAUCCUGCUGCCACUGAGUGGGAUCAUAUCGACAUGGAGGAUCUGCUGCAGAUGGACAGAGACCUGCAGGAUGAGCAGGUGAUCCUGAGAGAGCAGAAACAGCAUCAGGAGCGCAGCAGCUCCAGCGUCACCGGACAGAUGUGCCAAGAGACUCAGGAGCUGUUGCGUUUGUUUGGCGUGCCGUUCGUAGUGGCGCCGAUGGAGGCCGAAGCCCAGUGUGCGGCGCUGGACCGGCUCGACCAAACGCACGGCACCAUCACCGACGACAGCGACAUCUGGCUCUUCGGCGGACGCCACGUCUACAGGAACUUCUUCAGCCAGAACAAAUACGUGGAGCUUUACCAGUCAGCUGACAUGCAGAACCAGCUCGGUCUGGACAGGAGUAAACUGAUAAACCUGGCGUAUCUGCUGGGCAGCGAUUACACCGAGGGGAUCCCGGGAGUCGGCUUCGUCACAGGGAUGGAGAUCCUCAAUGAGUUUCCAGGCGCUGGAUUAGAGCCGCUCCUUCAGCUGAGUGAAUGGUGGGCUGAGGCUCAGGAGAAUAAGAAAAUGGCUGCCAAUCCCAAAGACACAAAAGUCAAGAAGAAACUGAGGAAUCUUCAUCUUCAUCCGGGUUUUCCCAACCCUUCCGUGGCUCAGGCGUACCUGCAUCCCAGCGUCGACCAAUCAGACGCCUCGUUCAGCUGGGGCCGCCCACACCUGGAGCUCAUCAAAGAGUUCUGCCGGAGCCGCUUCGGCUGGACCAGCAGGAGGACUGAGGACACUCUGCAGCCGGUGCUGAAGCAGCUGCAGUCUCAGCAGACGCAGCUGCGCAUCGACUCGUUCUUCCGUCUGGAGCAGCAGGAGAAGCAGUUGAUCCGAAGCCAGCGUCUGCGCAGAGCCGUCACAUGCCUGAAGAGAAAAGAGAGAGAUGAAGAAGAAGAGGAAGAAGAGAGAGAAGAGGAGGAUGAAGAGAUGGCCGGGAGUUCGUCAGCUGGAGGCUUCAUGGAGUCAGCGGGUCACGAGAUGAGGGGCGGAGACGUGGGCGGAGUCACGCCCAUGAUGUCAUCGAGGGGGGCGGAGUCCGGCAGCUCCAGCUCAGAGGAUGAUGCUGAAGGUGGGAUGGGCGUUGCUAUGGUUACAGCUCGUUCUGCGUUCGAGCGGCAAACGAGAGGAAGAGGGAAACGAGGAGGAAGAGGAAGGAGCAAGAACAGAUCAUGACGACAAACACGAGAGCAUCAGAGAUAGGAUGGAUGUACAUGUUUAUACGCUAUAGUGCUGGUUCAUUA